UUAACCACGGACUCAUGAAUCUAACUAUAAACCCAUUAAAAAAAAAACAUUGACUUCCAGACGAGGGAACCGAAAGUGCUAAAAUGCUACCUCAUUUCCGGGUUUUAGGACUUCCUGUAGCACUCUGUUGUGGGAUAAUUUCCUUUAGUCAUAAAUAUCUUAACCACCAAUAUUUGACCUGCGAUUGUUUUGGUCACAUGGCCAUGGGGGGCAGCGGUAACAAGCUGUAAACACAAACACUGACAUCACUUUUUAAAGUUGAUAUGUCUUACUUGUCAACCAAUUUGCACAUCCACCAAACACGGAGCAACAUUAGAAUUCAUUUGGAGUCGUGUUUCUGGCCACAUGACGAUUGUAAGUCCAAUAUUCACUCUCUUUUAGCUCUGUUUUUAGUAACCGCUAACUCCGGAGGGAAACAUCUGGGUCUUUAACUGCUAAAUGCUCCGCUACAUCCACUGUGUGCUGUGCUGGUAGUCAGUUUUUUGUUUUUUUCAGUUUUGAAAACAGCUGCCUGCUCUGGCUGAAAACGAUAAUGAUGAGAGCCGUGAGAGUCAACCAAAACAGUAAAGUUGUGAACGUAAAAACCAAAACAAAGAGCUGAGAGAUGCUAAAAUGUUAUGUAGAGCUGAGGGGUGAUAUUAUCUGUGGGGUUUUUCACAAUACACAUUAUCAUUUAAUCUAUUGUUGAUAUAAAAAAUAUUGAUUAACAGCUUUAAAGUUACAGAAAAAUACUUUGCAGGAAACUAAUGCAAAGAGAUGUGCUAAUUGCUCACUAGUCAGAUUUCCAGGUCACGUGCGUCAAGUGUUGCUCACCAUCGCUUCAUUAAUUAGUACUUUCUCAGUUGUUUGUGACGUGUCCCGUCAAAAUAAUGAGACGCCAUUCAUUAUUAACGAUAAUUCAUCCUCAGAUUUAUUAUUCAUCGUCGAUGAAGCCCAUAGGGAGGCGGAGGGGGGGCCAGAGUUUGGUGACCCAAAAGUCCAUUACGUGUCUCAAGGUAAACAGGGAGACAACUUUCCUCUCCCCAGUGUGGGUUUACGGCGGGUCAGUCCCAUCACGGAGGCUUGAUGACAAUGAUGACGAAGGCGAUGAUGAGGAUGGUGACGUACGAAGUUGUGUGUGUGUGUGUUUGUGUGUAUGUACUGCGAAAAUUUGCAUUUCCCUGCGUGUGCACAGGUUAAAGAGUCUACAUUAAGGUACAGAUGAGUGUGUGUAUGGCAAAUAUAAGACCCUCUUGGACUUCCCGACACCCCCAUACACCCUCCCCCCCCCCUCGUCCUCCCCAUUCUGUGUCAAUGAAAAUGCAACAAGGCUAUAUUUGGACAGAGCUGAUGUCACAAGUGGUUUGAGCGAAGAGCCUAUAACUGUUGGAGUCUGUUUGUGUGUCAGUCUGACAAACCCUGGACUGCUCCAGUGACAGACUGGGAUCUGCUGGCUACUGGCUGACACAACAAGAGAGUAAUCACCCUACACUAUGUAUCACCUGAGGGUGCCUGUGCUUCUCCUCACGCUGCUUGUGUUGCUGCGCUGUGUCACCGCCGCCCCGAGCUACAGGUACUUCAGUCCCAGCUCAUCCAGCGAGCAAGAAAGUGCUCUCCCAGACAGCGACGGCUGGUUAACCCCGGGGUUAAUCUCCAACCCGUUCCUCGGCCUCGUGAGUACACGGCCAGAGAGGGGGCUCACAGCCAUGAACAGUCACCACAUAGAGAAGAGGAAAUGCAACACAGCCACCUGCGUCACCCAAAGGCUAGCAGACUUCCUGGUCCGCUCCAGUAACACCAUCGGCACCGUCUACGCGCCGACCAACGUGGGAUCUGGCACCUACGGCAAGAGGGACCUACUGCUGCCGCCUCCCUUCUACCUGCCUCUCUAGUGCCGACUGAGGAACCUCCACCGAGCACUCCUCCCACAGUGCUCUGAUGAUAUAACCAUGACAUCUUAUGUAACAAUGAUUGUGACAAUGACGUUACUAAUGAUGACACUGAUAGUGAUGAUAAUGAUUAUGAAGAAAUGAUUAUUUUAUAAACUUUAAAGAAACAGUGCCUUUAAUUUAAACCAUUUUGUUCUGGCUUUGUGUGUGCGUGUGUGUGUGUGUGUGUUGUGGCUCUGUUAUAAUGAUGUAUAUAUAAUAACAAUACAAAAAAAAGUAAAAUAAUAAAACAAUAAAUAAAAGAAAAACAGAUGUAAAGCCAUAAUAUGAGAUAAAUGUUGAUUUUGAUAAUAAAAUUGUGAAAGUAUAUAUUUUAAAAACUA